AUGUCGAUCAACAAGACUUGGAUUAAUAAUUCAAAUAAAUUUUCUGAUGAGUAUGUUGCUGGAGCGUUUGCAUUUGUUGAGAGAGCUCAACAAUUUGUGGAUACAAGGGGACUAGUGAAGUGUCCUUGUAACAAGUGUCUUAAUAUCGAAUUGCAAACGAUUGGUGUGCUAGAAAGUCAUCUUUUUGAGAAUGGUUUUCUACGAAGUUAUACAAAUUGGUACUGGCAUGGAGAGGAGGAAAUAAUACCGACCAAUAGAGUAGUCCACCAAUGUCACGAGGACGACAUGAUGGAUGUUCUUAAUGAUAUAGCACAACCUAACAAUUGUGAAGAUGAUGAGAAUGAGGUUGAUGAAGAGAUACCACCAGCAUCAGAAUGCAGAGGUACUAGCCAAUACUAUAAUGACUUAUUUGCCGAGAUGGAGUCUCCGUUAUUCCCAGGGUGUGAAAAAUACACAUCUUUGAAUUUCGUAGCUAAGUUGAUGCAUUUCAAAGUGUUGGGGAAAAUUCCUAACAAAAUUUUUGAUGGAAUCUUGGAGUUGUUAGAAGAUGCAUUCCCAUCUCCAAAUAAGAUACCAAAGUCACAUUAUGCGGCGAAGAGGUUGAUGAGGAAAUUGGGUUUGGGUUACGAGUCAAUCCAUGUUUGUAAGCAUGAUUGUGCAUUGUUUUGGAAGGAAAAUGCUGGAAAACACAAGUGUCCAAUUUGUGGGGAGGAUCGUUGGGUGGAUAAAAAUACCAAGGGGAAGAAAGUGCCCCAAAAAGUUAUGCGUUAUUUUCCAUUGACCCCUCGGUUGAUGCGAAAAUAUGCAUCAAAGCACAUUUCUCAACAUAUGAGAUGGCAUCAUGAAGGGCGUGUUAAAGAAGAUGGUAUCAUGCGUCAUCCUGCAGAUGGGAAAGCAUGGAAGGAUUUUGAUCGUAGCAAUCCAGCGUUUGCAAUGGAACCUAGGAAUGUGCGCCUUGGAUUGGCUGCUGAUGGAUUCAAUCCUUUUGGAAAUAUGAGUUUGUCUUAUAGCAUGUGGCCGGUUGUGUUAACGACUUACAACUUGCCACCGUGGUUAUGCAUGAAAGAGACUAACUUUAUGUUGACUUUAUUAAUUCCUGGUCCACAUUCACCUGGAAAAGAUUUUGAUGUUUUCUUAAGGCCAUUGGUUGAUGAGUUGAAGGAAUUAUGGGUGAACGGUGUUCAGACUCGGGAUGUUGUUGAUGGUAGUUUUUUUAAGCUUCGAGCAGUUUUAUUGUGGACUAUAAAUGAUUUUCCAGCGAGGAGUAGUCUUUCUGGAUGGAGUGGUCAAGGUUACACUGCUUGUCCUACUUGCAAUGUAUCAACACCAUCAGUUCGUUUGCAAAAUAAGGUUGCAUUUUACGGUCACAGACAUUUUUUACCAAUGGGACACCAAAUUAGAAAAAAGAAGAAGUUAUAUGGUUCAGUUGAGAAAAGACCACCUCCAGAGGAAUUUAGCACUGAAGCUAUUUUCACACAAAUGAAUUUUAUGCCUGAAUCUCUUCCUGGUAAGCAUGUUAGCUACGGUGGACAAAAAAGGAAACGCACAAAAGAGCAAGUUCGUUGGCGUAAAAAAAGCAUUUUCUUUGAGCUCCCAUAUUGGGCCAAUAUGAAGUUGCGACAUAACCUAGACGUCAUGCAUGUUGAGAAAAAUGUAUGCGACAGCUUAGUUGGCACAAUAGUCGGGUUGGAAAAUAAGACCAAAGAUACAGUUAGCGCUAGAGUAGAUUUGGAGAAGAUGAAGAUAAGGCCAGAAUUGCAUCUGAGAAUGGUAAAUGGUCGAAUGGAAAAGCCAGCAGCGAAAUACACAUUUAUUCCUGAAAAUCGGCAUAAGUUUUGUCGAUUUUUGAAAUCAGUCAAAUUUCCAGAUGGGUUUGCAUCUAAUCUAAGGAAGAAUGUGAUUGAAAAUGACAAUAAGAUUACUGGAUUGAAAUCCCACGAUUGUCAUGUCAUAUUGCAACGUCUUUUUCCAAUUGGUGUUCAUUCAUUCCUAGAAAAACCAAUUGCCAAGACCAUUAUUGACUUGUGCACUUUCUUCAAGAUUAUUUGUGCUAGAACUCUGAUUGUUUCUGAUUUGGAGAAAGUGAAAACAUCAAUUGUUGAAAUUCUUUGCGGACUAGAAAUCAUUUUUCCGCCAGCGUUUUUUGAUGUUAUGGUUCACCUAAUGAUACAUUUGCCUCAAGAAGCAAUAAAUGGAGGGGUGGAAACAAGGUUUAAUCGUCCAGAUAGAAAUGUUGAUGCAAUUCCAUCACUAAAGAAGUUGUCUGUGUUUCAAUCUCAAGGUCGUCCGAUCGGUAAGAAGACACUAACAACUUUGGACGAUGAACUUAAAAAAACUGCUGAGUGGUACAUUCUCAACAAUUGCAUUGAGAUUCUCCCAUAUAUUCAUGGUGUUGAAAACCUAGAUCAAUUACAGAAAAAGGAGUUCCCCAUGUGGUUUUACAAUAAGCUUUACAAUCUUCGACAAGCAGGAUCUGCAGAAGCUUCUGAAGAGUUAUUCUCCUUAGCAAGCGGCUCCUCUAAUCUUGUUUCUUCAUACACUGGGUGUAUUGUCAAUGGAGUUCGAUUUUUGUGUUAUGAUAGAGAUAAAAAUUUGAAAACUCAAAACAGUGGUGUCUUAGUACCCGGAGUAGACAACAAAAAUUUCUACGGGCAAUUAGAAGAGGUUAUAGUGAUGUCAUACCUUGCUGGUUGUUCUGUUGUAUUAUUUAAGUGUAAAUGGUUUGAUACAGAUCCUACCAAGAGUAGGAUGAAGCAUGAAAAUAAUAUAACCAGUAUAUUUACUAAGUUCGAGUGGUACAAAGAUGACAAGUUUAUCUUGGCAACUCAGGCAAAACAAAUUUUCUAUCUUGAUGAUUUGAAAAAUGACCGGGAUUGGAAAAUUGUUGAAGAAGUUCAUCAUAGAAAUGUGUGGGACACCCCAGCAACUGAUGAACAGUUGGAUCCCAUUGAAAUAGAUGUUAUGCAUGACACAAUAUCAUCUGAUUUCCAAUUGUUUGUCGAUCUUGGUCCGUUGCCUGAAAUCAAUUUUUGCCGUAGAGAUCAAUCGCCAUAUGUUGUCAAUGUAGAUACUCCUAUUGUUCAAAUGUAUUGA